CAGACGGCGAGAGAAAAGCGGCGACGUCCUUGGAGCCGCAUAAUAGGCGAGUUUUCACCUUUCCCAUUCACCGUUUCAAGGCCGAGGAGCUUGAGGGAGAGGGAGUGGAGGGGGGACCUCUGAUGGAGCGGCGGAUCACCGCGUCAGGAGGCCUGCCCGGUCUCACGCCGGAGCAAUCGAUCGCACUUACGAAUUCUAAUUGGCAGUUAACAGCCAGAGCUAACUUGCAUCGUUGAUGUAGUCAGCAGUUGAUUGAAUUGGUUUGUGCAAAUACUUUGAAUUUAUGGGCAUGACAGGAUGAAACGCAACAGACAUUUAAGCAGCAGUGACAGUUCAGACAAUGAGAGCCCUUCAACUUCGUUGUCCUCUCAUUCAAAGUAUAGGAGUGACCGGCAUGCCUUGUCACGUGGGAAGAAGAAGCCUGCUGAGGUAUUUAGGAAGGACCUCAUCAGUGCCAUGAAGAUUCCAGACUCCCACCAUGUGAACCAGGAUGAAUAUUAUCUCUUGGCUGAUCAAUGGAAGCAGGAGUGGGAGAAAGGCGUUCAGGUUCCAGCCAGUCCAGAGACCAUUCCAAAUCCAUCUGUUAGGGUCAUUGUGGAAAAGGUGAAGGAGACUUUGUUCACUAAACCACGGAAGUAUAUUCGCUGUUCUAACACUGAACCUUCAGACCCUGGGUAUGUUAACAUCCUGGAACUGGCAGACACUGUGUGCCGUUACGACUUGGAUGAUGUGGACAUUUAUUGGUUACAUGCGGCAAAUGAAGAACUGAGGGAAAUGGGAUGUGGUUUGAUCCACGAAUGCACAAUGGAGAAAACUAUAGAAGCACUGGAGCGUCACUGCUAUGAAAACAUGAACCAUGCCAUUGAGACUGAGGAAGGGCUGGGAAUUGAGUAUGAUGAAGAUGUUAUCUGUGAUGUGUGUCGUUCCCCUGAUAGUGAAGAGGGCAAUGAGAUGGUCUUCUGUGAUCGGUGUAAUAUCUGUGUCCAUCAAGCAUGUUAUGGGAUAUUGAAAGUGCCUGAAGGUAGCUGGCUGUGUCGCACUUGUGUACUUGGAAUUUAUCCUCAGUGUCUUCUGUGUCCAAAGCAAGGUGGAGCAAUGAAAGCUACACGUGCUGGGACCAACUGGGCACACGUAAGCUGUGCUUUGUGGAUACCUGAGGUCAGCAUUGCCUGCCCUGAAAGAAUGGAACCAAUUACAAAAGUGUCUCACAUUCCACCAAGCCGAUGGUCAUUAGUCUGCAGCCUUUGCAAAUUAAAGACUGGUGCCUGCAUUCAGUGUUCAGUAAAGAGCUGCAUCACAGCCUUUCAUGUAACUUGUGCAUUUGAGCAUAGUCUGGAGAUGAAGACUAUCUUGGAUGAUGGUGAUGAGGUAAAGUUCAAGUCUUACUGUCUCAAGCACAGCAAAAAUAGACAGAACCAAGAAGGUGACUCUGAACAAAAUGCAAAAAUACAUGAGCAGAAACAGAAACAGACUGAAACAGAGAAGAAAGGUUUGCGUGCACAGAAGCUUCAGGAGCUAGAAGAAGAAUUUUACACUUUGGUAAAGGUUGCUGAUGUGGCUAGUGAACUGCAUCUCUCUGAGCAGGUGGUAGAAUAUAUUUUUGAGUACUGGAAGCUAAAGAGAAAAAGUAAUUUCAGUAAACCGCUGUUGCCUCCAAAGGAAGGUGAAGAAAAUUGUUUGAGUCAACACAAGGAGGAUCAGAUCCAUUCCAGAAUGAAGAUGUUCAUGCAUCUACGCCAAGACUUAGAAAGGGUGAGGAACCUUUGCUACAUGGUGAGCAGAAGAGAGAAAUUGAAGUUGUCACAGAGUAAAGUGCAAGAGCAACUUUUCAACUUGCAUAUUCAAUUGAUGAAUCAGCAAAUUGCUGCUGGACUUCCUUUGACCUUACCACGAGAAGGACUGAUGUUUCAUGACCCUCCAAGAAUCACAAUAAAACUAAAAACAGCUACAAAACCCUCGCAAAGUGUCAACAAUGAUGCGACCACUACUGCCAAUGGUCCACUGUCCCUAAACGUUGAUGGCAGUUUGUACAGUAAAAACAAUUUGUCAACGCCACAAGGCUCACGAACUAGUGAAAAAAAGUUACAGUCCAAUCACUGGCUGAAACCUGAUGACCGAAGCAAUGGACUGUUGCUGACUGGUAGUCGCCAUAAGCAGAACGUUCAAGCAGGUAGCUCACUGCUAUCCCCCGAAUGUCAUGUGCAGCAGACAUCUGGCAAGCCAUCCACGCUUCACAUAACACUACGUGGACAAUCAGCUGAUGCCAAUGGAAAGAUGCGAGACAACAAUAAUCCAGGGUUACUUAAAUCAAAUGGCCUAAGGGGAAGGUCAGGCAUUAUUAUUCAGAGAGACUGUUCCAGUCAAACCUCCUAUGACAAAGUGGCAACUCUUAAAAAUCAUUUUGCCAACCAGGGCACUUUCAGAAAAUCAAAGUUGGGGGAAUUUGGUCAGCCUUGCAAGGACCGAUUGGAUGGUUUAGUGAGGACUUCACAAGACUUUCAAAACUGUGAAAAGCCUCUAAAAAGGGGGUCGGCCAAAGAUCGCCUGUGGAGUAAGCAACUUUCUGAGCACCAGACAACGGCAGCAUACCAGGAUAAUGAUGGCUACUGCCCUGAUGUUGAAUUGAGUGACUCUGAGACUGAAACUGACAUUCGGCAGGAAAGGAGCAGGCUACGGAAAAGAAAUUCUGAAGAAAAUCCGAACCAAGACUAUGGGAGAGAUUCCCGGUCACGGCAACACAACAAGGACAGCAGAACUAGUUUUUCUAAUGUUACAACAAAGAAUAUAGUUUGCCUCAGUUAUUCGUUUAAACGUAAACAGGGAAGACCAAGAUUUGCCACUGUCCAGUUCUUCUAUCAGUAUUUGUAUUUGACCCACGCAACCAAAAGUUUGAAGUUUUACCAAAAAAGUACAUGAGAAAGCAUGAUAGUAAGUAAGUGUAAUAUUCUUUAUUACUGAUGCUAGAAAAUACUAACUUAGUUCUACUGUUUUAAGCACUAAAAUAGUGAAUUUGCACAAGGCAUUAUAUAAUCCAGAAUAGUUUAAAUGCACCCACCCACCUUUUGCAAUGUGUUGUAAAAUAUGUUUCUAGUUUGGAAAAGAUAAUUCAAGCCACAAGUUUCAUCCUAUUCAUGUUCUAUUCAAGCACCAAACAUUUGUUUUGCUGUUUGUCGCUUCUAGACAUCUCUUCUGGGUGUAUGGAACUUUGCGAAAUGGGGUGCAGGGUUACUAAUGUCUCUCAAAAAAGCCUUCCUCCAUCUUGACCUUGAGAUUUCUGACAAACAUCACCCCAGCAACUUUUCCCCUCUCCUUCUGCCAUUGACCCCUGCCCCCCAGUCCUUUAUUCCUGUUUGAUAUUUGUUCAGUUUAAUGUUCUGUAAUUUCUUUCAAAGUUUUAUAGUUGUACUUUCAUUAUUGGCAUUUCAUGGGACAAAGGGAAGCAAUCGUUCCCUUUUAUAAAUAGCGGGUUUUAGGUGCUCUGAGCAGCAGAAGCCAUCGUGUAACUUUUGCUCCCUCUGCCUCUGGUGAAUAAUAUGCAUGAAAUGUUUUGUGGUGCUACCAGAACAGAUUCUGCUGCAAAUUAACACCAUAAAGCUCUUGGUGUUGUUUCUUGCCUUGAGUUGAGGCAUUUUUUUUUAUUUUUGAGGAAAACUUUGCAUCCUUCUUUAGAAAUGAAGGAUAGCCUAAAAUGAUGUUUUAAAACACAUCAUUUGGAGUAAUGGGAGAAAGGAAAGAAAACGGGCUUGUCCUUAAGACAUGUAUGAUAGUUCAUGUGUUCAGAUACACUGAUAAUCGUCUUUAAGUAUGAAUCUUUGUUUCCUAAAUUGUGUUUGUAUUUUCAGUUGUUUUAUAUAUUGAAACUUCUGGAGUUUUGUCACUGACAUUUUCCAGAGCAUCCUC